AUGUCGCUGUGCAAAAGCUACGGAAAGGAUAAGGUUAUAUUUGCAACUAAGGAGGAUCAUGCCACCCCGAGCAAGGUGGAGCUACCGGAAUCAGACCCACGUCCCGGUUUGAUAUUGGAAAAUGGAGAUAUCAACUGGAACUGUCCAUGCCUCGGUGGAAUGGCCAUCGGCCCGUGUGGCAAUGAGUUCCGGGAGGCAUUUUCCUGUUUCCAUUACAGCCAAGCUCAACCGAAAGGAUCGGACUGCUACGAAGCGUUUAGCACGAUGAACGAGUGUAUGCGUAAUUAUCCUGGUGUGUACAAACAAAACCUUAACGAGGAAGAAGACGAUGAGAAUGGGGCCGGCGUGGCAAGCAUGAUAGCGGACGAAGCCGAGGAGGAAGAUGAUGUCGAUAACGCGCCUGUUAAGACGGAAAGCGAAUCGAAAGCCGUAGCCACAAAAGCAAACUAA